ACCGAAACGGCACUUCCGGGUAGAUGGCGGCGCACAGAUCACGUCUGGCACAUGUUUCUGCGGAGAGGACCUUGCACUAACGGGAAGAUAGUGACCCCUUCUCUUCUCUGGUGAGGGCCUGAGGACAGUGACUCUUUUCUCACCAUGAGUGUCACCCCAGAGGUCAAGAGUCGUGGGAUGAAGUUUGCUGAGGAGCAGCUGCUAAAGCAUGGAUGGACUCAAGGCAAAGGCCUGGGCCGGAAGGAGAAUGGCAUCACCCAGGCCCUCAGGGUAACGCUGAAGCAGGACACUCAUGGGGUGGGACACGACCCCGCCAAAGAGUUCACAAACUACUGGUGGAAUGAUCUCUUCAACAAGACUGCGGCCAGCUUGGUAGUGAAAACUGGGCAGGAUGGAGUACAGAUAAGGUGCCUGUCUAAGGAGACCACCCGUCAUGAUCAUGCCAAGCCCAACCUGCUGUAUCAGAAGUUUGUGAAGAUGGCCACACUGACUUCAAGUGGGGAGAAGCCAGACAAGGACUUGGAAAGCUGCAGUGAUGACGACAGCCAGGGGCCCAAGCCUGCAAAGAUUCUGACUGAUGAGAUGCUGCUCCAAGCCUGUGAGGGGCGAACAGCACACAAGGCUGCCCGUCUUGGGAUCACGAUGAAGGCUAAGCUUGCUCGGUUAGAGGCCCAGGAGCAGGCCUUCCUGGCUUGUCUCAAAGGCCAGGACCCUGGGGUCCCUCAACUGCAGUCUGAGAGCAAGCCCCCACAAAAAAAGAAAAGGAAGCAGAAAGAGGAGGAAGAGGCUACGGCAACUGAAAGGAAUGCAGAAGAGUACCCAGAACACACUGAUCAGAGUGUCAGGAAAAGCAAGAAGAAGAAAAGACGGCAUCAAGAAGAAGGUGUCACAGAUGAGAGAGAGGGAACAGCUGUAAGGCAUGAGGAAGAAGAGACCACAGGAACAAGUGGGCUUGGGGAAUUGAAAAACAGAGAACAAACUGAUCAGUCCCUCAGGAAAAGGAAGAAGAAGAGGAGGCAGCAUGAGGAAGACUUGAACAUGGAGGAGGCUGUUGUAGAUGGUGGGACCAGAGAAGCAGAAAGCAGAUCAUGCAGUGAUCGGAAAAGUAGGAGAAGCAAGAAGAAAAGACAGCGGCAUCAGGAGGAGGAGGACGUCUUGCGUGUAAGGGAUAAAGGAGAUGAGGAAGAUGGCAGGACUAGGACAGCAGAGAGCAAGGCAUACACGGGCUCAAGUGGCAGAGGUAAGAAGAGGCAGAAGCAACCAGAGGAGGAAAGACCUGGAGUCCACACUGACCAGAGAGCAAAAAAGAAGAAACAGAAGAAGAGAAACUGAAGGCCAGGUCAAGAUGCAGCCCAAUCGAGUCCUCUUCAGGAGUUGAAGCCUCAGAGACCUGAGUUGGUGCAGGUCUUGUCCACCCUCUCAGUGAGGAGUCCCUCCCAAGGAGGAAACAGCUCUGGAACAGUAGUCCGCUGAGAGGAGAGCAGUAGUGCCGUGUCUGACUUGAGGGAGCAGGCACAUUUCCCCCUUACAGCGUCUAACCCAGAGAUGGUGAACUCAAGCGCCUGCAGGGACCGGGCAGCUAAGGGACAAGGAUGCUGGGGGCUGUGGGAACGGGAAUGCAGACAGCCUCUGAAGGGGCAUCUUGGCCAAAAGAAGCUGAAAAUAUAGACCUAUGAGAAAUGUACUGAUUUUUUAAUUUUGUGAAGGCUAAGAAAAACAUGCAAAUUCAGCGCAUAGGUUGCCAGCUUCUAACUAUACCAAAUUGAAUAAACAUUAGCUUGGUCUCCUA